AUGGACAACCUCGACUUCACCCACCCCGACAACCUUCUGGCUUUUGGCGAUUAUACCGAUCCUCGCCACGCCAACUCCUAUCCCCCGGCAUCCUCCUUGGCUUCGCAGCAGUGGGCUUUCACCCUCGACUCCCUCGACCCGACCAUGGCCCACCAAGCCCUCCAGUCGCAACAUCAACAUCACCACCACCAACAUCAACAUUCACAUCAACUCGAGCAGCCCGUGUCGCAACAUCAACCCUAUCUCGACCAGAAGCAACAUGUCGAUUAUGCCGUCAACCAGCACGACCAAAAGCCCUACGAGACCCACAGUGUGUCCGCUCCUGUCGAGUCUAAUGCCAUGCACCUCGCCUACGCCCAGCAGCAAAUGAACCAGGCUGCCGUUCUCAAUCCCCAGUGGCACUUCCAAUUCCCUGCCCAGCAAGCUUUCAGCCAGGACGCCACUCUGGAUCGCACCUAUGAUGCCUCGUAUGCCAUGCCGAUCCAGCAAGUUACCCCUCAAUAUAUGCCCGUCUCGGCUGAGAAUGCCAUGGCCAUGAACUCGACUGCAUACAUGACCAUGGCCGGGCCUAUGGAGUCAAUGAACGUCCUUUCGUAUCCCCUCAACGACUACCAGAACGAGCUUCUGGCUUUCCAGAUGGGUAUGGCUGCAAAUCCCAAUGUCCAGCCCAGUCUGCACAGCAAUUCCCCCACUGGUUCAUAUCUGGAGAUUCGUUCUUUGUCGAGUAGUGACAAUGGCUGGACGGCUGUCGACUUCCCCGUCUCGAGGCAUUCCCUCGGCUCUUACAUCGAGGCCAACAACAAUGCCAUCUUCAACCCUAGCCAGACUCUCCAUAUUCGCAGUGCUUCUGACUCUUCAAAUGACGACGCCAGUUCUGCACAGUUGUCGAGUAGCUACGAGGAGAUUCCCUUCCCGUUGUUCUCGCCCGUCUCUGAUGGCUUCAGUGCCGCCGACUAUGUUCAGCACAGAUCGCAUCACUCCAGAAAUUUCUCAUCCGACUACGAGCACGACUACCUGUCACACUCUACAUCUUCAUCGCCUUUGGCCAGUCCUGCUGACGGCACUCGUCCUUCUACCUCUCAAGCAGUGCAGACUUCCACCAUCUCCUCAAACGCCUCAAGCCCUGUGUCGCCUCCUUUGAGAAAGCGCAAGACUCCUACUAACGCUCUUGCGAAGACUACCAAGUCAGCCAUCAAGAAGGCCAGCCCUCCUGCUCGUAAGGACGGUGCUCCCGAGAAGCGUGUUGGCAAGAGAAAGGGUCCUCUUCGCGCCGACCAGCGUCAGCAAGCUCACGAAAUUAGGAAGCUUCGCGCCUGUCUUCGUUGCAAGUUCCUCAAGAAAACUUGCGAUAAGGGCAACCCUUGUGGUGGCUGCCGCCCUUCUCAUGCCCGCCUCUGGCAAGUCCCUUGCACGCGUAUCGACAUCAAGGAUAUUGGCUUCUUCAUGAAGGAUUGGAAAGCAGACUACGAGCGCCACGUCAACCUCGGUGUCUCCGCCGCCAAUAUCAAGGGCUUCUCACCCAACGAGCGCACUGUUUACAUCACUCACGGCUACGGUUACUUGUUGCCCAUCAAUGUUCGCGAGGUCUAUGUUCGUGACGACACUUGCUUCAACAUUGACUGGUCCGAGAAGAUCAACGAUCCUAUCCAAUUCGAGACGCAUACCUCCAAGCUGUCGGCAGGUAUGGAGGGUGUGUCGGCUUCGAGUCUCUCGGACUAUCUGGAUUGUCACCUCGACAAUGGGUUCGAGUCAUUUGUAGAUGGCUACUUCGAAGGUACUCCCUUCUUGACCGAGAUGCUCAAAACCGCCUACCACUACUGGGUCAAGUCCAAGUCGCUGGUGAUCCGCAAAGCGCUCAAGUUGGUUCUCGCAUACAACCUGACACUCCACAUCACCAUGAUUGAGGGUUUGUCCGAGGAAGAGGCCAACGUCGGCAAGAUCGAAGACGAAGAUAGCAAGUUCUGUGGUAAGACCGUAGCACCUGGAAUGAUCAACUUCCAGGUCAAGAUUGCUUUGGCCGACAUGUGGAGAGAACUCCAAAAGGAUGUUCUCGAGGAGCUCUCAGCACUCUACUCGUCGGUAUACAGUGGAGAGAAGCUGAAGAACUGGCCAACCAUCUUCAUGCUUGCCGCAAUCCUGCUGGCUGUGUGGGAAGAGAUGCAAUUCGACGCACACUACCGCACACCUGACGAGACCGCUGUCAACCAAUUCUGCAACGACAUGGAGAGUACUCCUGUUGGUGUGAUUGUCGGUUUAUUUCAAGCCAUCAGCCAGAAGUUGCCCAACUUCAUGGAAUGGGACACUCUUAGUCACCACCAACUUCUCAACUCCGAUCCUGCCAUCUGCGAUGCGUUGACCGAAGUGAAAGGACAUGUCACCAAGCAUGNAAAAAUACCUCCGAUCUAG